AUGAGCUUUAAUAAGAAGAGGAAAGAAAUUACAGAGUUAAACCAAAUGGGGAACACAUUAUGGGCCAUUAGAUGGGGUACUGAUUACUUCAUGAAAGCACAUCCACAGCCUAAUGUUCUAUGGGGACAGGUGGGCGAUGGGGCAUCUGAUCAUUAUUGUUGGGAGCGAGCUGAAGACAUGACAACUUCAAGAAGUGCUUACAAGCUCGAUGCAAAUCAUCCGGGUUCGGACCUUGCUGGUGAAACUGCUGCUGCCUUGGCUGCGGCUGCCAUAGCUUUCAAGCCUUAUAACUCUUCCUACUCCAAUCUACUUUUACUUCACGCCAAACAGCUUUUCUCAUUUGCGGACACGUUCAGAGGUUUAUAUGAUGACUCCAUCUCGUGUGCCAAGCAAUUCUACACAUCAUCUGGUUAUUUGGAUGAGCUAUUGUGGGCUGCUUCCUGGCUGUACCAAGCAACCAAUGAUGAGUACUACUUGAAGUAUGCAGUGGACAACGCUGCAGGCUUUGGUGGGACAGGAUGGUCGGUCAGGGAAUUCUCAUGGGAUAACAAAUAUGCAGGUGUACAAAUCCUUCUUUCAAAGGUACUGCUGGAGGGAAAAGGGGGUGCCUACACUAACACACUAAAGCAAUAUCAGGCCAAGGCCGACUACUUUGCCUGUGCUUGUCUCCAAAAAAAUGGUGGCUACAAUGUCUUCACAACUCCUGGGGGCUUAUUGUACGUACGUGAAUGGAACAACAUGCAAUACGCCUCAUCGGCAGCAUUUCUUCUUGCUGUGUACUCUGAUUACCUCUCUGCAGCAAACGCCAAGAUCACGUGUCCAGAUGGCCUAAUUCAACCUCAAGACCUCCUCAAUUUCGCCAAGUCACAGGCUGAUUACAUUCUUGGCAAAAACCCACAGUCCAUGAGUUACUUGGUUGGUUACGGACCACAGUAUCCGACCCAUGUUCACCAUAGAGGUGCUUCUAUAGCCUCUAUGCAAGUUCUCCAUUCAGCGGUUGGAUGCGUACAAGGCUUCGACACAUGGUACUAUCGCCCUGAGGGAAAUCCUAAUGUCAUCUAUGGAGCCCUGGUGGGUGGUCCGGAUAAGAAUGAUAACUUCUCCGAUGACCGCUCCAAUUACGAAGAAACCGAACCUACACUCUCUGGCUCUGCUCCUCUAAUUGGCCUCUUCUCUAAGCUUCAGGGUGUAAAUGGUAUUUCAGGUAAUUCCUAUCUCGCAAAACAACCAGUGGUCCACCAAAAACCACCAACAACACCAAGUGAGUAA